AUGGCGUUUCACUUCACCGAAGAAGUAUUCCAGGAGCGAAGGGACCGCUUCAUGGAUCUCCUGAAUCGCGAGAAUCUCGAUGGCUUCCUGAUAACCAAACAAGAGUCGCUAUACUACCUCACGGGGUAUGACACCUUUGGCUACGUCUUUUUCCAGGCCAUGUACUUCCACAAGGAUGGAAGCAUGCGCCUCAUCACGCGCAUGCCAGACCUGAGGCAGGCGCUGUACACUUCGGUCUUGAGCAAGAAGGACAUCAUGAUUCGCCCCGACGCAGCCAGCGCCAAUCCCGUCGCGCUGGUCCCAGAGGUGCUGAAGGAAUUUGGCAUCAAUUCUCCAUCCAAGAGGAUCGGCUACGAGCCCGACUCGACCGCAUUGAAUCUUCGCGUAUGGCAGCUGCUACUGGAAGCUGUCAAGGGGCUUUGUACACUAGUAGAUCACACUACCCUUAUCGGUUGGGAGCUACGAAUCGUCAAGUCUGAGACGGAGAUGAACAAGAUCCGCAAGGCAGCCUACCUUGCCGACUUCCCCCUUGUCCGCGCUCUCAACGUGGCCAAGCCCGGGGCGUAUGAGGGAGACUUAUGGCGCGAGAUUGUCGGCACCGUCUACGAUGGCGGUGGCGACGACCCGUCAAACGAGAACAUUUUGGUUUUCGGCAACAAGGCUGUCCUGCCGCGCUACUCGGCCGGAAGGUCCAGGGUUGAUCGCCAGGUCACGCUGGAACACGCAGGUGUGUACAAGCCCUACCAUGCCUGCUUGAUAAUUUUCAAAAUCCGAAUCUCCAAGCGUCUUGGGAUCAACAAGCACCUGCUUCCCAACUUGAAGAUCCUGGGCAGAUGA